UCCUAAACGCACUGACGCAAAACUCUCCUUCAAUAUUUCCCGCCAAAUAACGUCUCAUUUGAAAUAAAUGAUGUAUAUUGUCAUUGAUUUAUAACAGACUGGCACGUUUUGAAUAAAAUGUAGUGAAAAUGUGUUGCGCAAGGGUAUUUCUUGUAUUAUGUGUGUUUAUGUAUAUCAAAUGUCACGACCAGAGAGCAGAGCAGGGAUAUCCGAGUGGAUUAAUGUCAGUAUGUCCUGGUUCCACGAAGCCAGCGACUAUACCCAGGAGCCAGUUAAAAUACCUUAACUUCGUCGUCCAGGGUGCAACCAACCGGCAGAAGUACACUUAUUGGACCGCUAAAAAUAUUGCGAAAGAUCCAAGAAUAGAUUUUAGAAGAAUGACGUUGGUAGUAGCAAUCGGUUACUUGGACAGCACAAACUUCCCCAUAUCCAUGAUACUAACAAACGAAUAUAUAAGGAGAGGAUAUAAUGUCAUUCUUAUCGACAAUCAGAGAUUUGCUACUGUGCAUUACUUUUUAGCAACGCGCCUUAUGCGACCAGUCGGCAAACACGUAGCAGAAAUCCUUGCUACCCUCACACGUUCCGGCCUAGAUCCAACAAAACUAGAACUUCUAGGUUUCAGUCUAGGUGGCCAGACUGUCAGCUAUAUAGCUAAAAACUUCCAGCUUUUGACAGGACGAAACAUCUCUCGAAUAACUGCACUAGAACCAGCUGGGCCCUGUUUUAGAAAUCUUGGUCCGACAGAAAGAUUGGGAUCGACUAACGCUGACUUUGUCCAAGUUAUUCAUACGAAUAUUGACGGUUACGGUAUGGCAAAUAGGAUGGGCCAUGUCGAUUUUUAUGUGAAUGGUGGAGAAUAUCAGCCGGCUGACUUGAAUUUAUUUCCGUGUACGGCUACUUGCAGCCACUUUAGAGUGCUGGCUCUUUGGGCAGUCGCUGUACGGAAUCCAGAGAAGUUUAUCGCAAUAAAAUGCAAUACGAUUCAAGAAGCAAGGGAUGCUGAAUGUUAUAAAAAUAAAUUAGUGACAAAUGUUAUGGGCUUAGACGUCGACGUGAAGAAACAUGGUAUAUUUUUUUUGUCGACCAGUAAGAGUUAUCCGUUUUAUUUAGGAAAGGCUGGUAUUAAAAAGGAAUUUGCAGCUUGGAGACGUAUAAGCGAUAUAAAUGAUUCCAAUGAGACUGACAUUUAUACGUAGAUUACAAUGGUAAUAUUUUCGUUUUUAUAAUAACGUAUUGCUUUACAAAUUUACAAUAUCUAAAGUUUUUUAUUUGAAUAAAAAUAUCAAAAUAGAUGUCGCUAAUAUAAGAAAAAUAGUUUAAAACAGCGCCAUCUAUCGCGGUUAUAUUAAAUAUAAUUUACAAUUUGACUCAUAAGUCGCAUUGACGUAAAAUUGACAUUUGUGUGGAAAACCUUGACAGCCUUUCAAUUUUUCCUAGUCCUAAAAUGGUGCUCUAUUCUCGCGCUUUUCUUUCGAAAUUAAAUCAAUUUAACGUAAAAAUGAGUUAUAAUGUAGUAUAAUCAAAUAGCUGUGGUGCCGUGAUAUUAUUUAAAUUUGCAGUAUUAUUAAAUAUUAAUUAAAUUUUAUGUGAAAAUCCCCACAUCGCUUCAGAUCAAUUCCGUCUGUAAUAUUUAAGAUCUGAUUUGUUAUUUAAAGCGUCUUA